UAUAUUUCACAACUGCUCUCUCUCUCUCUCUCGUAACGGUUUCUGCUCUCUGUCUCCAUCUCUCACUGCAUCGCACGCACAGUGAAAAGCGGGUCAUUUCUGAGCAUCGAAAAUAUGGUUUCCUUUGAGAUGAAUGACCGAAAGAAGAUUGGAAUGGGAUUGACAGGAUUUGGCAUAUUUUUCUCAUUCCUGGGAAUCAUCUUCUUCUUUGACAUGGGAUUACUCGCCAUGGGAAAUAUACUCUUCUUCUCAGGGGUGACUCUGACCAUUGGACUGAAGUCCUCUAUGCAGUUCUUCAUGAAACGGCAAAACAUCAAGGGAACAAUUUCAUUCGGUGUUGGCUUCUUCUUUGUUGUAAUAGGAUGGCCUAUUUUGGGCAUGAUUUUGGAGGCAUAUGGGUUCAUUGUACUCUUCAGUGGCUUCUGGCCUACACUCGCAGUUUUUUUGCAAAAGAUUCCUGUUCUCGGUUGGUUGUUCCAACAGCCAUAUGUCAGAUCGUUCCUUGACCGGUAUCGGGGCAGACGGGUUCCGGUAUAAGCCAGAAAAAGAGACAUGGGGAAAAGCACGGCAGGCCCAGUUGUUCUUGUAAUAUACAGCCAGAUUGACACCCAUCACUUUUUUCAUUCAGUUGAAACGGUGUCUACAGAAAAAGGUGCAUAUUUGACAUUAGGUUUGUCUUGUAAAAAAAAUGAAAGAAAUUGUCUUUUAUCUUUACUAUUCUAUGAGUGUUUCCUUUCACCGUCCUUGCUAAAUUGGAUGUUCUCCCAUUGACUUGGCUACACUUUGAUGCACGUUCCCACCACACUAGAUGAUAUUAGGCAAUAUUAUUGUGUUUUUUAUGUUCAUCAUGUUGUUAUUGUUCUCAGCUAAUUGUCAGAAACUCCUGUUUUUUAUAAAGGUAUAACUGAUGAUUUUGGUUUAGUGCUGGCCAUGUAAAAUGAGAGUCUGAUGAACGAGUGAUUUUACUCAAGUCUGAUUGUUAUUUCGAUGGAGAUGUACUGUAGAAUGGAAGCGCUGAUUGAUUGGUUGACUUGAAUGAAUGUAUGUAUGUAUAGACAUCAAAAUGAUCCAUCAUUGUGCAAAUUAAUAAUUCGAGUGAAAGAUAACUGAAGUUUGCCUGAUUCACCCCCGGAUGGGAUGGCCA